UGAUCAGCGAACGGAUUAGCCAUGGAAUUGUGGAGAUGCCUGGUGCUCUGCCUGGGGAUUACAUUGAUGUCUGAUCUGGUGAUGUCACUAUGUGUUCCGCCAAUGGACCACUGCAUUGAAGAUAUGGAGCUGGCUGAUGCCAAAGAACGCUUCGAUUAUGUCCUUGCAAAAUAUGAGGAGCUGGAAAUGAAAAUUCCCGGCGAGCCAGUUGGGUUGCACGGCAAAGUGGUUACGCGCGGAGAAAUCGAGGAGCAUCACAUUGUGUUCCGGUAUAUGGACAAUACUCCACAUGACAUCAUCCAGACCUGUGCGUUUGUGGUCACCAAUGCGCCCGGUCAGUGCGAGACCAUUGGGACGUUCUGUUCGGCAUUUCUGCCCCGCCUGCCGCGUCCGCUGCUGGCGCGCAAGUCUCUGAAUGUCUGCGAGGAUGGCGUACAUAUAGUGGAGCACGAACCGGAACCGGAAGAGGAGGCCGAUCCCGAGGAGGAGGAUGACCAGCAGAACGAUGAAGGGAAGACUGAGGCAGCCACAUCUACAGAGGCCACCAAAGUGAAUGAGUUUUUGUGAUUUCCACAAUCGACAAUUUCUACUAUGCUCUCCCACACUAUCGUUUUCCAAGCAUCCAAAAAGUAUUCUACAAUUACUCCUAUUCAGUCCUAACAUUUCUCUUUGGCUGUUCAUUAUCAUGGCUUUGCAAAGUUUCAGUUAGAGCUCCGCUCCGUACCGACAGCAGCAACCACUAUGCGGCUUUAUAGUUCGACAUCCGAACCAGGCUCCUUAGAUGGCGCCUGCGCCUUAACGGAGCACUGUACUGUGGUGUCAGAACUGUCGGGAAAUAUGUGUCUAAUUUGUAUCUUUAAUUAAAAGAAAACUGUUUCAAA